AUGAAGCCUCUCGUCAUUGUCCUUGUCUUGCUCUCCUGUGUGGACCCAGCUCUGGCAGGCUUGAAUCCACUGUCAUCAGAAAUGCACCAGAAAUGCUACGGGAAUGGUAUCUGUAGACUUGAGUGCUCUACAAGUGAAAUGUUAGUUGCCUACUGUAUGUUUCAGCUGGAGUGCUGUGUCAAAGGAAACCCUGAGCCCUGA